AUGUGUAUAAGAGACAGCCCCUCAAGUACCGCCCUUACCCCUCUAUUGCGGGACCGCUCCCGUCGAAAGGCUCGAUGCACGUUCUUCCAGGUUGCGCAACACGACGCAAGGCAGGGUACUUCACAGCGCUACCUCAGUACUACUAGGUAUACCUGCGCGUCUGCGGUGCCUGUGCCCGUCCUCCACGCCUGCCCAAGGUACUUGUUGCCACCACCCACCACCACCCUUCACCCACCGCCCACCAGCCCGGCUGGUCUGGACUUGAACCCCACCGAAUUUGGCCAGACGCCAAAAUCACCGGCCUCACCAACUUUCUCUCCCUUCUUCCCUCCCCCCAUCAUCGCCAUCUGCACUCCCGCCUUCCUUCAUCCCUUCGCGUUUCCGCCUUGA